AUCACAUGACUGGAACAUUCUACCUCAUGACUCGCAGAAUCUGCUGCUAGACACCGAACAGACACCGAACUCGCUUUAUAACUGACAGACAGCACAGAUCCGCGCGGAUCAUCUAAAGAAAGGUACGCGGAGUUUACUACGUAACGUUAGUGUUCUGCGCUCGGAGUCUGACGCGUUUUCUGAGGCAUGACGGUGAAACGGAGCUCCGCUGCAGGUGUCUGCUGGACCCUACUGAUGGGGUGUGUGUUUGCAGCUCACGCGGUGACGUUUGAGGUGACGGAUGGAAACUCCACCUGCAUUAAAGCAGAUCUCAACAUCAGCUUCAGCAUCACCUACAACACCACUAAUGGAACGAGCGCGGCGAGGUUUGUGCUGCCGUCCACAGCAGCGGUGGGUGAAGGUAGUUCCUGCGGCGGAGCUGGUGUUCCUCCAGAGCUGCUGGUGUCCUUCAGCACGGGUCACACUCUCACACUCCUGUUCUCCAGAGACACACACCUCUACCGUGUGUCCAACAUCAGCCUGCAGUACAACCUGAGCGACACCAGCACCUUCCCACAGUCCUCCAGCCGCGGGCUCCUGACGGCGGUGAGGAACGUGACGGAGAUCUGGGCGAGGUUGAACAGCACCUACAGGUGUGUGAGCCCCAGCAGCUUCAGUCUGAGCCCCGAGGUCAACCUCACCUUCUCUGAUGUGCACAUGGAGGCUUACAUGAGCGGAGCAAACCUCAGCACGGACGAGAGCGUUUGCAGCGCUGAUCAGACGGUUACGACCGCUGCCCCGACUCAGUCGCCCAGAACCACGUCCGCCCCGUCUCCCACCCCGCUGCCCGCUCCGCUGCAAGGGAACUACACCCUCACUGACCACAACGGCACCGCCUGCCUGCUGGCACUGAUGGGGUUACAGCUCAACAUCACACACCGCUCCAGAGCACUGAACCAGAUGGUCAGCGAGGUCGUGAACCUGCAGCCCAACAGAACCACAGCCUCGGGGUCGUGUGGGGUCACGGUCGCCACGCUGGUGCUGACGGAGGAUCUCACCAACCUCACCUUUACCUUCACACUGAACUCCACUACACAGAAGUAUUCCCUGAGCGCUGUGAACGUCUCUGCUCUCUGGCCUGACAUGACAGACCGCUUCGAGGAGGGAAACGUCUCUCUGAACUUCCUGCAGUGCAGCGUGGGCCGCUCGUACAUGUGCAGCGCUGAGCAGACGCUCUCGAUCGUGCCCAGCUUCUCCAUAAACACCUUCAGACUCCAGCUGCAGCCCUUCAACGUCACGGCCGGACGCUUCUCUGCAGUGGAGGAGUGCCGUGUGGAUCAGGAGAACAUGCUCAUCCCCAUCAUCGUGGGUGUGGCUCUGGCCGGUCUGGUGCUCAUCGUCCUCAUCGCGUAUCUGAUCGGCAGGAAGAGGACACACGCCGGAUACCAGACCAUCUGAUCACCUUCAUCAUCCUCCUCCUCCUCUGUCUGCGCUGCGAUCGACUGCAACGACAUGCACUGGAGUGUGUGUGUGUGUGUGUGUGUGAGAGAGAGAGUGUGUGUUCACUGUAAGGUCAGGGGUCAGCUGCAGUGGUCAGUGUGUGUGUGUGUGUGUGUGUGAGUGAGUGUUAACUGAGGUCAGGGGUCAGCUGCAGUGGUCAGUGUGUGUGUGUGUGUGUGAGUGAGUGAGUGAGUGAGUGUUAACUGUGAGGUCAGGGGUCAGCUGCAGUGGUCAGUGUGUGUGUGAGUGUGUGAGUGUUAACUGUGAGGUCAGGGGUCAGCUGCAGUGGUUAUUAAUGUGAGAGUGUGUUUGUGUUCACGGUGAGGUCAGAGGAGUGUGUGUGUGUGUGUGUGAGAGAGAGUGUGUGUGUGUGUGUGUGAGAGAGAGAGUGUGUGUGUGUGUGAGAGCGAGUGUGUGUUCACUGUAAGGUCAGGGGUCAGCUGCAGUGGUUAUUAAUGUGAGAGUGUGUUUGUGUUCACAGUGAGGUCAGAGGAGUGUGUGUGUGUGUGUGUGAGAGAGAGAGUGUGUGUGUGAGUGAGUGAGUGUUAACUGUGAGGUCAGGGGUCAGCUGCAGUGGUUAUUAAUGUGAGAGUGUGUUUGUGUUCACGGUAAGGUCAGAGGAGUGUGUGUGUGUGUGUGUGUGUGUGUGUGUGUGUGUGAAUGAUGAUUGUUUGAGUCCAGAUGUUCAGCACAAACUGGACAGACCUUCACUCUCAGACGUAAUCCUAAAAAUGACUCCUCUUUUCUUUUCUUCUAAUGUUCUUUUCUUCUGUUCAUUUUAUUCUAAAAUGCUCAAUGUUUUAGUGUUUGUACUGAUUUUAACUGGCUAUAUGUAAAAAUAAGUGUAUGACAUCAGCUCAUUUAUGUGUGUGUGUGUGAUGCUGGCAUUAAAUGACACGUGAUGUUAAUAAUUACCCAUGAUCCUCCACACACACACACACACACACACACACACACACACAGAGAGAGCUGUAAGAGCCGUUCACACAGAACACGUUUGUUUGGAUCUGAUCUGAUCUUGAGCAGCGAGACUCUCAGAGAGACUCCAGUUCAGUGAUUCUGUGUGAACAUGAACCCUAAACCCUGAUGAUGAUGAUGAUGAUGAUGAUGAUGAUGAAGGUUCAGCUUGUUGCUCGGGUGAAAAGGGAAAUGAAUGAAUGUGAUUCUGAAACUAUCUUGUUUCCUAAGACAUUUAAAGUGCAUGCCAGUGACAUCAUCAUCACAGCAUGAAGAUGAAGAUGAUGGUGGAUCUGUGGAUCAGUGUUUAAGUGAUGAUGAUGAUGAUGAUGAUGAUGAUGAUGAUGAUGAUGACAGCACUCAUGUCUCAUGCUUGUGUCACUGACGUUGGUUUCUGGAUAUUUUUGUAGUGAAUGUUUGGUUAUUUUAUGCUUCAGGGUUUGAGAUUAAUUAAUAAAUGACUUCCACUCCA